GCGCGUGCGCACUGGCCGCGGGGUUCGGCGGGCGCUGCUGAGAGGUGCCGGGCCCCGGCCGCGGUCGUUUAUAUACCUUCCCGCGCGGGCGCCGGCGCUGCCAACGGAAGGCGGGUGGGGCGGCGCGCGAUUAGGCUCCUGCGCCAUGAAGGUGAAGAUCAAGUGCUGGAACGGCGUGGCCACUUGGCUCUGGGUGGCCAACGACGAGAACUGCGGCAUCUGCCGGAUGGCUUUCAACGGCUGCUGCCCGGACUGCAAGGUGCCUGGCGACGAUUGCCCGCUGGUGUGGGGCCAGUGCUCACACUGCUUCCACAUGCACUGCAUCCUCAAGUGGCUCAACGCGCAGCAGGUGCAGCAGCACUGCCCCAUGUGCCGCCAGGAGUGGAAGUUCAAGGAGUGAGGCCGAGCUGCCCAGACGCCCCCCCCACGCAGGCCCCCCUCCCUGCGACGGCCCCCUUUGGGCUGGAAUGGGUUGAAACGAGGCCUGGAGUUGCCUUUGUGUUUUUUUUCAUCACAACGUUGACAGUUUAUCCAAUAAGUAAAACUCAUUAAACCCCGAGUCUGGCUGGA